AUGAAGUUAAAUGAGAAGAGUGACGUUUACAGCUUUGGGAUUGUACUUUUGGAGCUAAUUACUGGCCAACCUGCCAUAACAAAAGAAACGAAAGUCAUUCACUUAGUUGAUCGGGUUAACUCCAUGUUUGCAAAAGGGGAUAUUCAGAACAUUGUGGAUCCAAGGUUGCAAGGAGAUUUCAACAUCAACUCUGCCUGGAAAAUUUUAGAGACUGCCAUGGCAUGUGUACCAUCAACCGCCACCCAAAGGCUGAGAAUGAGUCAUGUAUUGAUGGAAUUAAAAGAGGGGUUGGCAAUGGAGACGACUCAGGGAAGAAGUUUGAGGAUGGAGAGAGAUGAUAUGGGAGCUGGGCAAUCACUCGAAUUGUCUCNCGGCAACUUUCAAAUAGUUAUAGGAAGAGGAGGAUCCGGAACAGUUUAUCAUGGCCGCUUGAAAGAUGGCACUCAAGUUGCUGUGAAAAUGCUUUCUCCAUCAUCAACCCAAACAAAGGAAUUCCACACUGAGGUAUGUUACAGCAGUUUGGUAGAGGUUCUUUUCACUAGUUACUAA